UGUCGUUUGACGUCACGUGAGUUUCAGAUCACACAUGGAAUGCUUCGCGGCUUCGAUCCUCGUUGUUGUAACUGUUGCAGCAUUAGCCGCUAUUACUCAUGUAUGGCUGGAGUCUAAAUCCUACGUCUUCGAAGCACAAGACAUCGUGGCAAUCACCGAGAAGGCAGUAUCGAGAGGCUAUGGCCACAAGGAGACAUUCCAAGAAGUCGAGCAAGAGCUUCGUGCCCGUUAUGGCGGUCGAAUUCUACCCAAUCCAGAGUGGCUCUUCAUCAAUUGUGGAGGAUGGAUGGGCGGAAUGUAUAUCUUGCACUCAAGUCUGACCGAGUAUGUGUUAUUCUUUGGGACAGCCAUAGGCUCAUCUGGACACUCGGGACGUUACUGGGCUAACAUCUCGGACACAGUAAUUGAAGGUGAGUACACAAGGUGGCCUGAAGGCACUACUGAUGCCAUCAAGUUCGAAACGGGGGAUACAAUAUACCACGUGCCGGGCGAAGUAGCUGCAGUCCAUUGGAGUCCCAAAACUUGGAUGGUGGAGUAUGGACGAGGAUUCGUGCCCUCCACGUUGGUAUUUGCAUUAGCAGACACACUGUUUUCAACCACUGAUUUUGUCAAUUUGUACAAGAUCAUCAAAGUGUACACCAUCGGAAUUAUGCAUGAGUUUUCAAACAACAUUUUUGGAGUCUGA